AUGUUGAGAAAUAUCGUAGCUAGUUGCUCUAGGCCUAGCUUAAUCGUUAGAAGUUUAUCAAGUGAGGCGAAAACUGUGGAAACAGUUAGUGAAGCACCGGCAACACAGACACUUUUGAGAGUUGAUUGGAUGAUGCAAAAAUUGGUGAGGUUUUUUUCAAAUUUUUCCCCAAAAUCAUCUUGAAAGCCAGAUUUUUUAUUUAGACGCCUCUAGUUCUCAAAUCAAACAUCCGAAACUUCAUUGAUAUUUGCAAGGACGAUGUUCAACUCGAAGAUCGACUUUUCAAAUAUAACUUGACGAGUCGAGCUGCGCUUAUGUCACAUAUUGCGAAAAUUCGAAUGUAUUAUCGAUAUUUGUCACCGUUCAAUAAAGUUGAGGUGAGAUUUUGAAAAAUUGAAAAAAAUAUGUUUUUUUUUUAACAUUGAAAGAUCAAUUCAAGAAAAGGCAAAAAAUGUCGAGUUUUUCAGUCAUAAACGAUAACAAAUCGAGAUUUUCGAAACUUCUGGAGUGAUUUCUGAUGAAAAUUGACCUUCAGAAGUUUUUGCUGAUUUUUGUGAAAUAGAAAAUUUCAAAUUCUGAUGAAUUUCAAAAAAAUCAGUAAAAUGAGGUAAAAUACGGUUCUCGGAGCUCAUUUUCAUCAGAAAUCAUUCAAAAAAGAAAUAACUCAAAAGUCGAAAAAACAUUGUAGGACAAAUCGAGAGUUUUGAAGCUUCUGGAGUGAUUUCUGACGAAAAUAAGCUUCGAGAACCUUAUUUUACCUCAUUUUAUUAUUUUUUUCGAAAUUCAUCAAAAUUUGAAAAUUUUUAUUUUACGAAAAAUCAGCAAAAACUUCUGGAAAGUGAAUUCCACGGUCAAUUUUCAUCAUGAAUCACACCAGAAGCUUCAAAAAUCCCGAUUUGCCAUCAUUUUUGGCUGAAAAAAUUGAAAAACUAAUUUUGACCUACAAUGUUUUUUCGACAUUUUUUGACUUUUCGUGAAUUGAUAUUUCGAUGUUAAAAAACAUUUUUCCUUUUUUAUCCAUAUAUAUAUUUUUCCAGUGGAUUGGUUCAUGUGUUUACGAAAAUGAAGAUGUGAUUGUUGUCCUUUGGCGUUUAUCAACUCUCGAAUCAAGUUUCAUGUCAUAUUUUCCGAGUUUUCUCACGAAAAAAGAGCAGAAAAUGAUUGUUAAAGAGGGAGCUUUGGAUAUUCAUAUAAAUAAGGAUGGAGAAGUUUUGAGAAUUGUUAAUAGACCGGUUGGUUUUUAA